ACCCUGUGGUGCGUGCGUGCAUACAUGCACGCAUAAACACACACACACACACACACACACACACACACACACAGACAGUCUGUUGGUGUGUAAUCUGAUUUUUUUUUUUUUUUAUGCACAGCCUCAGGCUUUAAAGACUUUCUUCCUACAUCCAUCACCUGCUUGGUGCUCAGUUUCCACUUAUUUCCUCACUCACUCACUCACUCACUCACUCACACACACACACACACACACACAAUUCGCUCUUUGAGAGCAGACCCAAAACUCUCCAUAUGUUUUUUGUUUUAUCAGAAAAGUGCAAAGCAGGAAUGAAGUUUUUUUGUAUAAAAUCAGAGCAAUAAUAGGAGACGUGGUGUCUUCCUGCUCCUGUUAAACCUUGUCUGUCUUUGAAGUCAGCGUCUUUCUCUCUCGGCCAUCCUGUUUGAACAGGUGGGAUAAUUACAGCUCUCCCGAGGCUACUACAGGCUGGAAAUCCCACAUUUAACGCGGAUUUGAUCAGGAAACUCGGCCUUGAACGGAAACGCUUUUCAUCUCCGCUGUUCAGUGGCCUGCUCGGGCCGUUUUUAAAAGCAACAGCAGCAGCCCUUGUAGAUCAGUAAAGUCUAAUCUGGUAAUUAACCGGUGGUUUGAAAAGGCAGUGAAGAAGCCGGCUCAAGCUGAGGGCGCAGGGCACACGACCAGCACAGGAGACACAUCAGGGAAGUUAAUUUUUCUCGCCGCACUGAAAAACUACGUUCGGAAUCCGAUCGCCAUGUGGACGCUCGCUGUUUUUGCCAUGUGCCUCGUCCCGGCGGUUCUCUGCUUGGACUCCAAUGAGAUUCGCUCCUCCAGAGAGAUCGUUACGGAUUCUGAGCCGACGGUGAUGACGUCAGAGAAGGUCACAGUGAACGUGAGCGUCCAUAACAACGUCAGACGCCGACAGCACAACCCAGAAUGCACCAGUCAGUGGGAAAACGGAUGCGAGGCCUCGAAGAAGAGACGUGGACGUAAAAGGAGGCCAGUGUCUGAUGAUACAGUCACUGAAAAAGGGAUAAAGAGGAGUAAGUGUGUGCGCUCACGUGACUGUGGAGAAGGCUGGUGCUGCGUUCAAUACCCCGGAGGAGGACGGUGCCAAAGGGUUCUUCAGGAAGGCGAGAUGUGCCUAUUAGGAGGGCGACCCAAAUCUAAAUCGAGGAGACGUCUGGAGCGGUGUGACUGCAUGGCGGGUCUGAACUGUCUCUCCAAACCUGGUAGCCUUAAGGGACAAGGAGAGUGCCACGUUUACGACAGGGAACGAGACACCCCACGUUAGGGACGUGCCCAGAGACGGGCUGUGUCCCAAUCCGAUAUUUGUUUAAAAAGCAGACACUCUGCAUGUUGGCCAAUUAUUUUUGAAAGAAGUGUGGAUUCUUUUUAUUUUGACUGCUCAAGUUUCACAAUUCUGUACCAUUUCAGCCUGGUGAAAACCUUUGAAAACCUUGAAGCAUUGAGUGUUUUGUUCCCAGUUUUCAUCCCCACUUAUAAUAUAUAUUUUUACAUUUUAAUAUAUUGAAUUUUGCACCAUUGUUAGCAAGCAGAACCCCAGCCCCAGUUUAUUAUCACAUUCAAACAGCUAAUAAAUAUUUGUAUAUUUUUAUUAUACCGUUCAUGAUCCUAAGUAGGUGUAAUGCACGGUAUACAAUGUAGAAUUUUGGGUCCAGGCGAUAGACGCCGAUAAACGUCCUACGUCACACAGUAAUUCAGGUCCAAUGACUUUUACUGUCACAGCCUUGUGACCAAAGACAGCCUGUGAAAAAUAAUGUAACGGUAUCAGAAAUUCGGCGACCCAGAAUACUGUUCUGACAAGCCGCUAAUAAUGCGACAUAAUCGUAUAAUAAUGGUAUAAUGAUCUUAUACGAUUGCUGGCGGUCUGUGGGAGGCUUUUAUGUUGCUACACAGGGACAUUACGAGGUGCAGAAUUCGAUCUCUGCUCAGAUAUUCAACGUUCGGUUUAGCACGCCAACAUUUUCAACCAAAUUAGACGACUAAGAUAAAAGAACACACGAAAUGGUACUGAGCCAUUUGAUUAGAUUAGAGUCAGAAAACAAGAUAGACACCUUCUUUCCAUUUUUGGACACACCUGUCUAGGUCAGGAUUGGAAAUGAUUUGUAAUGUCUGGCAGGUGAAUGUGUAAAGUUUGAACGUAAGCUGCUAAGACGUGUUCGGUGGCCACAUUUUGCUUUUGUCCAAACAACAUGUUGUGCAAAAAACUGCAUGUCUAAAUCAUGGAUUUUGUCUGAAAAGAUUUCUUCCCUGUUUUUCUCAUCACUUGCUUCUUCGGAAGGGUUGAAAUAGUUAUGAAAUAGAUUGAAGAGUUCAACAUUGACCCCUGUGGCUGAUUGUGAUGAGGCAGACAUGCAGCUAAAACUAGCAGGUUAUUAGUGAAAUGAAACUCGUAGCUCCUGCAUGAAACUACAAAUGAAUCAUGAUUUACAAGAAUUUUUUUUGUUUUGAUGGACAUGUUGUACAUGAUAUGUUGCCUGUACAUUCAAUUUCUUGUCUUUAAAACUCUUCAUGCAAUCCUCGUGUAUGUGAAAUCAGUUCCCUUGUUGUUUUGAAGCAAUAAUAUUUUUAUUAAUGAUUAUAGAUUACAUUGUUUUGAAUGUAGGAUGUGCUAGUUUACUCAGCAGCACGGGGCAGAAGGGACGGUUUUAUGAGGGGUUUGUACUGUAAGACACGAUUUUGGGCUUCCCUUCUUGGACAAUAUUUUUUUUUCUUUCCCUUGUGCCUCUUUUUGUAAUGGAAUAAAAUAAUUUAUAUCGUUCGUUUAAUUAUAUUCUUUGCUGUUUUCAUGCAAAUGGCGUACUCGAGAUCUCAUGUUCUAUUGUUUACGGAUUUUAUUUGACUCCAAUAUUGAGGGUAAACACUUGUUUGGGCAUAAAACAAAUAAAUAACAUUUAACAAUAAAUAAUAUUUUAAAAGUGGUGAGUUGGGGCCCAUGCGCCUGGUGUACUUUACAGCCCAUUUUAGCACCACCGUUAUUUGUGUCCUGGGGUGGAUUUGAGCGCCCUCUGGUGGACCAUUAGAGCACUUACAUGCUUGUCUUCUGUAGCUUAGAAUUGUACCAUAUACACAAAUAUACACAGGUUCAUCUCAAUAAAUUAGAAUAUCAUUAAAAAGUUUAUUUAUUUUAGUAAUUCAAUAGAAAAAGUGAAACUCGUAUAUUAUAUAAAUUCAUCACACACAGG